AUGGACCAGGUGUCUCUGGAGCAGAUACUGAUGACAAGCUUCACCGAGGACGAGAUCAUUCAAACGAAGAAGGUGUUAGCAGAUUCAGCCGUGACCCAAAUCCAUCUUAUCACACAUCGCAGGGAUGGACGCGUUGUCACCCCAAACCUUACCGGCAAUGAAAUAAAUAACGAGAUACAAGACAUCACCUUAGAUGACGGCAUUAUGGGCGAGCAUGACUACCUGCUUUCACCGAGCAUGACGGCAGCAGUACCCAUUGUAACUGAAAUUACCUCCGAACCAGGGCCGUCGUCUGUGCCUGACGGUAUGGAUGUCGAGUUAGAUGAGUCAAUUUUAAGUUUGUUGGGAGAUGCUCCGCAGAGUGCGAUUCAAUUAGGGCCACCAUUACACAAAGAUAUGCUUAGCUUUCCAUUGACGUCCACCGAGUUAGGGGCGCGUGUGUAG